AUGAUAGGGAGAAGAAAGAGGAUUUGCGAGAAGGCAAUCCUGGCCACCAAGAAUGAGUCAGUCACCAAGCUCAAUCUUCAGGUACAAAGAAUGCUGCCAGGCAACGGGAAGUCCUGCUACUCGAUCGACACAGUCAUGGACCCAAGCGAAGCAGUAAACUACCCAACAGAAUUUCUGAACUCUUUGAAUCCUCGAGGAUGUCUUCCUCAUGUCCUGGACCUCAAAGUCGGAGCCCCAAUCAUUCUUCUUCGAAACCUGGACAGUCCAAAACACUGCAACGGAACGCGACUCAUCAUCAAAACCCUACAUUCAAACUUGAUCGAAGCAAUGAUCCUGACUGGGUGUGGAACUGGCGAGAAUGUUUUCAUCCUGUGA